AUGUCCGCCAUCACCCGCUUCCCACCAGAGCUCCUAGCCCUAAUUCUCAAGAACCUCCCAACCAUCCAGGAUGUCAUCCGCGUCGCCACCGUCAAUCGCGCAUUCCGCUCAGCCCUCACGCUCUUCGAAAGCAGCAUCCUCCGCUCGUGCCUCCGCAACAGAUGGGCGAAUAUCUACGUGUUUACCGCCGGGCGCGUCGUCCUCUGGCUAAUGAAAGUUGUGCGAUCGCGAAUCUUCCACCCGUCGUCAAUGGAACGCCUCCUUAAAACCGUCUGGCCGGAUUUCGUGGCCUUGCAUCUCGAGGAAGCGCUGAUGCCAAUCGGCCUUCAGAUCUGGGGUCUUUAUCUGCGCAAGCAUGACGGUGUCAAGGCGCGCAAGAUCCUCGUUGCUCUUUUCGAGGGGAAAGAGCCGUUUACGUGGUCGGUUCCAGCUGGUAUCAAGCCGACGGGGAAAACGGCCGAACGGUACAACAAGGUCAAGACCGAGUAUGGAAAGGGUCCGAGACGAGCCGGGUUAUAUCCGAUUGGCAAGGCGUUGAUGAAGAGUCUCCUCCCUGCUGAUGUUCCGCUCGUCCAUCGGGAUAUACUCCGUGGUCUAUUAUCCGAGCUAAGAAUGCUGAAGAAGAUGUACCACAAAGGGAAUACACUGCUCAUUGCAGACGGGGGGAUCAGCCAGAUACGGUGUCCGUGGGAGCCGUACUCGAGGGAUCUUUCGUUGGAUGGGUACAUGCAGCGAGGUAGAUGGAAUGAGCAUCUCGGGUGGCCGGAGGGUUCGAUCGAGCGGACGGUCGCGGUUUGCCGGGUGACGCAGUGGACGUUGGCGGAGUAUCGGUAUAAGGUUACGGAUCGGGAUAGUCAGAUUAUUAUUGGGAUGACGUCGUUGAAUAGUGAAGGCUACAAAGGCUGUGGCAUGGAGCUGCUCCGGCCGUUUCCAGAGCAGAUCCCCGACGUUUGGGACUUCGAUAGUAGCGACGACGAGUGGGAUGAGGUCGAGAGGAUCAUCAAUGAAAGGACGCCGGGAGGAUCUGUUGAAGCUGGAUCUGCCGCAUCAUGA